UCCUUGGCUGCCAAACCUGAAUCUGUGAAAGGCUGGACAUUGCUUCUGCACCCUGCACCGUGACAAUAAAAAGGCAGGAGAGGACGAGGAAAGGAGAAAUUCUAGAAAAAGGAGAUAAACAACUAGAAGGAAAUAUCUACAAAAACACACACACACGCACGAAAGGAAACAUAGACCAAGAAAGAUAAAGGGGUGGCCGAGGCAUCAUCUGACGUGAGCUGUGUGAGGUGGGGGCGAGGUAGGCGUCCCUGCAACCCACACCAUGUCCUCAUCGGGCGUGAGAGUCAAACUGGAGAGAGAGGAAUCAGGUGGUGAUGUUGAUGCAGCGCGUGGGAGGUUUGAUGCGGCUCUCCAGGGUCUGAUGCAGAAGGAUGAGGAGUCUGAUUCUGAAAAUGAAUCGGAUACAGACAGCAAAGUGAAAGUAUUCACUAAGGUUGGGCUAACAAACCCACGUGGCACCCGGCCCCCACGCAAACGUCGGAGGAAAGAAAUAGACUUGCGGGACUCUGGCUUCCACCACACGUUUGUGAUGCGCAUGUUUGACCGCAGCGUUGACUUGGCACAGUUCGAUGAGACGUCACCACUGUACCCAAUAUGCCGGGCAUGGAUGAUAAACCAGCCCCACAACUCCAGCCUCAAUGUUAAACAAGAGCCAGUGAGUCCCACAGCAGAGAAUUUUAACAGCACGGAAGGCAGCCAAGACGGCGACUUCAUUGGUGAGAUCCUGUCAGACGGUCCUUCUGCCACUGCUGGAAAUGGAAAUGUGGUCUCCAAGCUGCCGGUGCCUGACCCAUGGCCGGAGGAUCCCACAAGCAGAGACCUAAGGAUCCCAGAGCCGCUGCCACAUCCUCCCAACAGACUCAAUGAAAUAAAUGAUUGUGAAAAUACACUGCCAGGAUUGCUGAUGACAGAACAUCUCAAACGUUGGCGACAGAUCCGAAACCUUUGGAGAAAUGCUUCCAAAAUUAAUGACCAGCGAUACAGCAGCUCCUACUCCAUUCUGAAGGCAAUGUUUGACAGGGCACAUGAAGGGUGAAGUUGAGCUGAAGCCUUGAGGUUGUAAGUACAUCUUGUAGAUAGAUUGUAUUUCUUUUCCAUACCAUACUGCCUGUUUUGUUGACAUGCCAUUUGAGGACAAUUUUUGCUACAUGUUUGUCAAGUUAUCAUGUUGGUAUAUUUUUAUGGUUGCGUCCCUCCCACCACCACCUCUUUUUCUCUCUCUGUCUCUGUCUCUGUCUCUGUCUCCCUCUUCCAGAGAAUCAACCAAACAAGUAGUGUGGCAAAAAAAAAAUAAAAAUGCUCAAAAAACAUCAAAAUUAAUUUACAAACCAAGACAAGCAAAAGUAUUCAGGCCCUGCAGUUAUAAUGGAAUCUAAAAAGAAAAAGAAAAAGCACAUUCUCCUUUCAGUGACAUCCAUUCUCAUACUGUAUGUUAUUUUUGUGAUUUAGAAAAAUUAAUUCUCAUCAUAUUGGUAACUUUCCAAUUUUGGUAACCAUUACCUCUCCAUCUUUCUGUGUCACAAGGCCUGCCACAUUUCAAAACCAGCUAAUUUAAAAAUACUUGGAAUUUUUUGGAAUUUCUUAUUUUUUGAAGUCCAGGUAAAUGAUUUAGUACCUGUGAAGGACUUGCGUGCAGCAGUGCCUAGCCUGGGUGUUUAUGUCUGUACCACUGGUUUGUGAGUACGUGACCAGCUACUUCUCAUCUGUCAUGGUACGCUGCUGCUGCAUCACCUGGUUGUUGUGCUUCUCAGUGUUUCUUGAAAUGCAUUGGAAGCAUGUAUGGAAUUUAGAGAGCAGUGUUGGGCAAGACCCUACAGUUGUUGAUUCAUUAGGUUGUUUGAGGUUUUGUAGUGGAGUUGUGGUGUUCCUUGAGAUUGGGUUCUUUGAGGUUUUGAAGUGGAGUAGUGGUGUUCCUUGAGAUUGGGUUGUUUGAGGUUUUGAAGUGGAGUAGUGGUGUUCCAUGAGGCUUCAAGGGACGUUCUUUGACUCUGUAUCUAGGCACCUCAGAGAUUUGCUGUGUGUGGGCCAUGGCACCCUUGGUAUAAAUUAAUGUGUUCUACUUUAAGAGUUAGCUUUUGCAUUGGCAGUCUUUGUUUGGCUUUGACCUGUGUGACGGUAAUUCAUAAGUGACAUCAGGUUGCCAUUAUGAAGAUACUGCUUUUUUUUUUUUUUUUACCAUCCUUUUUAUGUCUCGUAACCUUGGCUUGAAUUGGUACAAACAGGAGCAUCUUGCUGCAGGAAUGUUGUGCUUAAUGAAUUCUCUUGAUUGUUAUCCCAAGAGUGAUCAGAUAUCCUUCGUAUUUCUAUGAUCCUGUAGUGUUUAACUAAUGGCAGACAUUUGUUAUGACCAGUCACAAGAAAAAUUGUAAUUUAUGAUACAAUAAAAGGAAAUAAU